AUGAGUGGCAAUGAGACUCAAAAAUCGAGUAGAAAUAAGGGGCUUUCAGGAUCGAAGUCAGAUCCAAGUCUAUAUUCAAGCACCAAAUCGUCUAGAGGAAGCUCAUCCCAAAGUCAUGGCCUGUCUAGCUUGGAAUCACGCCUGGCCUCAGAUUCUCUGAUCACCAGCACUGCUUCCGAGGGUUUGCCGGCAGGCAGGGUCCAUCAAGCGAUAUGUUGUCGCUCUCUUGAUGAAUCGUACAGGUUGACUGAUACAGGAGAGGGGAAAGGCGGGCAGGAGAUGGACCCAGCGUUUUCCAGCCAGGAUCUGCUAUGGGAGGAGGAAUAUUCACGCAAGGGUCAAAGCCAGAGAGACUUUGAAGAAGAUGAAGCACAUAGAUAUUGGACCUGGGAUCUAACGGCACAAACCUGGUGUCACGUGGAACAGUCGACAGGCGCGGUUUCUUGGGUACCACAUCAGCUUGAUUAG